AGUACAUCUCCGCAGCCCACUCGGACUGCAGCCUUGCAGCAGUCAGGGCGACAGCCAGCUUGAGGGAGGGCCGAGCCGAGCCGGGCCGGGCUCGGGAUCAGCACCGGGAAGGGCAGACAGCGUGCGCGCUGAGGGGCGAGUUCGCAGCACAGGUAAACAGGCAGGCCAGGCGCAGGGCGCUGUCGCCUCGGCCACCCAGCGAUUUCCAGGCACGCAACUCCGCCUCCAGGGCUCUGUCCCCGCGCUCUCGUCCCCGCCGCUUUCGCAGCCCAGCAGCCGCCGCAGCAGCACUCCACACAAAGGACUGUUCCCCGCCGAGCAGCGCCUCCACCUCCACUCCUCCUCCGGUGACAGCAUCCCCGACAGCAGGGCUCGGGGCGCGGCGGCAGCGGCGGUGCGGGGGGGAACCUGUCACUCCCGCAACCGAGGCGGUGGCAAAGGCUUUUUCUUUUCUUUUCCUUUUUCUUUUUAUUCCUUCUUUCUUUUUAAAAUUCGCCUCUUUGCCUUUUUGUGGUUCCACCCCUCUCUCUUCCCCCGAUAAACAACUCUCCUACCUCCCCCCCCCCAAUAAAUAAAUAAAAGGAGGAGGGUCAGGGCAGGAGUGGGGGCAGGCAAGGCGAGGCAUCUGGAGCCAGCCAGCCAGGCAGAGUCCGCACCGACAGGCGCCCGCACGCACCUCACACCAUGAGAUGGCGACGCGCCCCGCGCCGCCCGCUGGGUACCAGCCCCAGCAUCCCGCAUCCCCGGCCCGCCGGCCGUUCGCCUCCUCUGCUGCCGCCGCCGCCGCUGCGCUGCUGCUGCUGCUGCUGCUGGGGACCGCGGCCCUGGCGCCGGGGGCGGCGGCCGAGCGGGCGGCUCCCGCGGGGGCCUCGGUGUGCUACUCGUCCCCGCCCAGCGUGGGCUCGGUGCAGGAGCUGGCCCGGCGCGCCGCGGUGGUGAUCGAGGGAAAGGUGCACCCGCCGCGGCGGCAGCAGGGGGCACUCGACAGGAAGGCAGCCGGCGAGGCAGGGGCAGGGGCGCGGGGACAGCACGCCCAGGACCCGCCGCCCUCCCAGGACCCUCCGCCCGCUGCCAACUGGACCCUGCCCACCGGAUCCCCAGCGCCCAGCCCCGACCAAGCCUGGGACCCCGAGCCCUAUCUGGUGAAGGUGCACCAGGUGUGGGCGGUGAAAACUGGGGGCUUGAAGAAGGACUCGCUGCUCACCGUGCGCCUGGACACCUGGGGCCACCCAGCCUUCCCGUCCUGCGGGCGGCUCAAGGAGGACAGCAGGUACAUCUUCUUCAUGGAACCCGAUGCCAACAGCAGCGGCCGCGCGCCGCCCGCCUUCCGAGCCUCGUUCCCCCCACUGGAGACUGGCCGCAACCUCAAAAAGGAGGUCAGCCGGGUGCUGUGCAAGCGGUGCGCCUUGCCUCCCCGACUGAAAGAGAUGAAAAGCCAGGAGUCAGCUGCAGGCUCCAAGCUGGUGCUUCGGUGUGAAACCAGUUCGGAAUACUCGGCACUCAGAUUCAAAUGGUUUAAGAAUGGGAGUGAGCUGAACAAGAAAAAUAAACCACAAAACAUCAAGAUUCAGAAAAAGCCAGGGAAGUCAGAACUUCGAAUUAACAAAGCGUCACUGGCUGAUUCUGGAGAGUAUAUGUGCAAAGUCAUCAGCAAGCUAGGAAACGACAGCGCCUCUGCCAACAUCACCAUUGUCGACUCCAAUGCCACGUCUACAUCCACAACGGGGACCAGCCAUCUUGUAAAGUGUGCAGAGAAGGAGAAAACUUUUUGUGUGAAUGGUGGCGAGUGCUUCAUGGUGAAAGACCUGUCAAACCCUUCGAGAUACUUGUGCAAGUGCCCAAAUGAGUUUACUGGUGAUCGUUGCCAAAACUACGUAAUGGCCAGCUUCUACAAGCAUCUUGGGAUUGAAUUUAUGGAAGCGGAGGAACUCUACCAGAAGAGAGUGUUGACAAUUACUGGCAUCUGUAUCGCCCUGCUGGUGGUCGGCAUCAUGUGUGUGGUGGCCUACUGCAAAACCAAGAAACAGCGGCAAAAGCUCCAUGAUCGGCUUCGACAGAGCCUUCGAUCAGAACGGAACAACAUGGGGAACAUAGCCAAUGGACCUCACCAUCCAAACCCACCACCAGAGAACGUGCAGCUGGUGAAUCAAUACGUAUCUAAAAACGUCAUCUCCAGUGAGCAUAUUGUUGAGAGGGAAGCAGAGACAUCCUUUUCCACCAGCCAUUACACUCCCACAACUCAUCACUCCACGACUGUCACCCAGACUCCUAGUCACAGCUGGAGUAAUGGGCACACAGAAAGCAUCAUUUCAGAAAGCCACUCUGUAAUCAUGAUGUCAUCAGUAGAAAACAGUAGGCACAGCAGCCCAGCUGGGGGCCCACGAGGACGUCUUCAUGGCCUGGGAGGCCCUCGCGAAUGUAACAGCUUCCUCAGGCAUGCCAGAGAAACCCCUGACUCGUACCGAGACUCUCCUCAUAGUGAAAGGUAUGUAUCAGCCAUGACCACCCCGGCUCGUAUGUCACCUGUAGAUUUCCACACGCCAAGCUCCCCCAAAUCGCCCCCUUCGGAAAUGUCUCCACCUGUGUCCAGCAUGACGGUGUCCAUGCCCUCCAUGGCAGUCAGCCCCUUUGUGGAAGAAGAGCGGCCGCUGCUCCUUGUGACGCCACCAAGGCUCCGAGAGAAGAAGUACGAUCAGCAUCCCCAGCAUCUCAACUCCUUUCAUCACAACCCGGCACAUCAGAGUACCAGCCUCCCCCCCAGCCCACUGAGGAUAGUGGAGGAUGAGGAGUACGAAACAACGCAGGAGUACGAGCCAGUUCAAGAGCCUGUUAAGAAACUCACCAACAGCCGGCGGGCCAAAAGAACCAAGCCCAAUGGCCACAUUGCCAAUAGGUUGGAAAUGGACAGCAACACAAGUUCUCUGAGCAGUAACUCAGAAAGUGAGACAGAAGAUGAAAGAGUAGGUGAAGAUACGCCAUUCCUGGGCAUACAGAACCCCCUGGCAGCCGGUCUUGAGGUGGCCCCUACCUUCCGUCUGGCUGAUAGCAGGACUAACCCAGCAGGCCGCUUCUCCACACAGGAAGAAUUACAGGCCCGGCUGUCUAGUGUAAUCGCUAACCAAGACCCCAUCGCUGUAUAAAACCUAAAUAAACACAUAGAUUCACCUGUAAAACUUUAUUUUAUAUAAUAAAGUAUUUCACCUUAAAUUAAACAAUUUAUUUUAUUUUAGCAGUUCUGCAAAUAGAAAACAGGAAAAAAACUUUUAUAAAUUAAAUAUAUGUAUGUAAAAAUGUGUUAUGUGCCAUAUGUAGCAAUUUUUUACAGUAUUUCAAAAACGAGAAAGAUAUCAAUGGUGCCUUUAUGUUAUGUUAUGUCGAGAGCAAGUUUUAUACAGUUACAGUGAUUGCUUUUUCACAGUAUUUCAGCAAAACCUCUCAUAGAUUCAGUUUUUGCUGGCUUCUUGUGCAUUGCAUUAUGAUGUUGACUGGAUGUAUGAUUUGCAAGACCAGCAGCUGUCCUCUGUUUGCUUCAAGUAGUGCCCAACCAGUACUGUCUUGAAAUGGCACAUCCGUCCAAUACUCCUCUAUUUUGUAUGACAUCUUUGCUAUCCGAAUAUGAGAUGAGUUCUCUCUACUCUGUCAGCCAAAGGUUUGCUUCACCGAGCUCUGAGAUAAUAGUAGACCCAACAGCAUGCUACUAUUACAUAUAGCAGAGAACUGCAUUAAGUAAUGUUAAAAGUUAGGAAGAAAGUAAUACUGUGAUUUUUAAAAACAAACUAUAUUAUUAAUCAGAAGACAGCUUGCUCUUGCUAAAAAAAAAAAAAAAAGGAGCUACCAUUGACUUUAAUUUUACCUUUUUAGUUGUUGUUCUUGACAAAGGGUAACAGCUUCCAGUACAGCUUAGAAAGUGGGUUCUGGCUUGCUAUCAGGAUAAAUCGAACAACUUAGACAGGACUCAAUUUCACUUUCUCUCUGGGGGAAUGAUCCAGCAGCUCAUCUGUUGACCAACCAACCACAGCUGCUAAAGGUGCAAUCCUUUCUGACAUAUUUUUUUAACUGACUGGUUGAACCCUCUUCUCGGCUCCAGAAGAGGCACAUCAUGUCAUGAAGCCCCAAGAGUACACUCAGCCAUCUGUCCAAACCACUUGUAGAGUACAAUGUGCCUGUAGUACAUAGCAGUGACUUGGCCAUUGUAGGAAAAUGUUCCACUUGUAGAGUGUUUAGAAGGAGUGAAUGUGUAGAAGUCACAAGGGGAAAAGCAGCUCUGCGACCCAGUUGACAUCUUACAAGUUUGGUUGGCCACACCUUUCUCCCUGUUACGUUUCUCUUAUGUUCAACAUUGCCUUGAUUAAGUCAUAACUAUGCAUGAAUAUUUUUUGCCAGGAAUGGCCAAUGUGCAUGUGAUUUGUGAUGAGCAAGAACUUUCCACAGUGAUGCCUCACUAGGGAAUGUCAAUAGUAUUGGGAAGAUUGCACCUUUUCUUGCAGAAGUGACCCCCACCUGUGGACUGAUCUCUCUCCAUAGAUAGCCUGUAUCUUUCAUUUCUCCUCUCUUAGUAUUUUUUCCCAUACUGUCUCAACAGCAGGACUAAGAUUGGUUUAAACUCUGUAUGUUCUCUUAUGAUUGUAAAGCCAACGAAUGCUUAUGGAUAUUAAAAUAUGAACAACUGUUAGUACAGAAAGAAAAAUUGGGGGAAGGGGAUAAUCCCUCAGAACCUUUUAUAUUCCCUUCCUGUUAUCUGUCGAUCAGGACUGGGGCUUAUUGAGUUUCUAAGUAGGCUCCUAGGAGUCACAUAUGGGAAAUAGUUGAACAGGGGAUUGGCAAAGUCAAUGACAAUUAUCGAUUCUUGUUCCCAGUUGAACUGAAUCUAUUUUCUAUACCAAAUCUUUGCUAUAAGUCAAGGGAAGUAAUAACACACAGGUAGGUCUCAGAAGAACACUGAAGGCUGACCACAAGUCCAUGUGUUACACUCCUCCAUGUUUCUAAGAGAAGCUUGUCUGUUAGUAUUUGAUGUCUCACAUUUCUUGUCACUGUUCAUUGGAUAGCUUCUCUGUGCUCAGAGUGUUGCCCUCCUUUGCUUCUUAGCCAUCCAGAAUAAUGCCUACUGGUGAAAGCCUCACUGGCUUCCCAAUGCUGCAGAUGGUCAACUCUUCACAGGGAGGAAACGUCAGCAAGCUUGAAGAUAUUUUCUCUACUUUAUACUGACUUUGAAGGCCUUCAUUCUCCUAUCAUUCAAUAAAGAACAUUCUUUACUGUUAUCUCAAAACUCUUAAUUCAGUUCCCAGUUAGUUGGUCACUGGGCUAUUGAGAAAGUCCCUUCUUAAAAAAAAUAGACUCUCCUGAUUAAAAACAAUGAGCAGCAUUUUACUAGCAUAAAAAGCUCUAUAAAUUUGCAAAUUGCAAAUAUAUGUGAUCUUUUUUUUUUCUUUUGUGCUUUUUCUGGCAAUCCACACUUGUCUUAUUAGUUGAGAAAGCCUUUUCUCUAAGAGAACAUAGUUUUCUUGAUGAGAACAGGCACUUGGCUUCUCAGGGCUACCUGAUGUAGCCUCUAGAUUUAUGUUUUAGGGAUGUCUCUACAAUGCUUCGCUGCCAGGUCUUACUCCACCAUCCUGUUUAUAAAUCCAGGCAGAGCUGUAGCAAUGCAAAAGAAUGCACACCUGUGUUCCUGGCAUGUGUGAAGAUGCCUUGCAUUUUAAAGGAGUACAGAUUACUCAGAAUUUAACAACAACUUUGUUUCUUGGAUCUGAAAUCAAAACUACUGAGAGUUACAUAGCGGGGUAUAGUAGACACCAAACUCCUUUUGUAUUUACUCAAGAUUUGUUUUCUGUCCUGCUUUGUGCUCUUUUUCUCCCCCUACUUUCAAGAGUGCCUGGUGGACAGCCUUCUGCUUUCUACAGAAUGGUCCUCUGUGUAAGAGAGAAUGUAUCUCAAGCAGCAAUAUGCCAUCUCUUUCUUGUUUCUGUGUGACUGUCUAUACAGGUGGAGUCUAUUCAGGGUAACUUUUUCUGUUAUCUAUUCCUCUUUGGGCCUGAGGUUGAAGGUAUAUAUAUAUGGCUCCUACAAGUGAAUAAGGAAGAUCUGACCUUCUCUUUUAGUCCUAGCUGCAUUCCAGCAGCUGCAGGGAUUUCUGUCCACUAAGAUCCAUGACAUACUAUCAAGAAAUGCAGGCAAAAUGAAAUGGCCACAAAUCACAAUUUCUAUUAUAUAUUCUUUUGUAAAUACAUAUUGUAUAGUACUUGGAUGUUUUCUUAAGUCAUUUACUGUCUUUAUGAGUUACUGUUAGGUUUUACUCUCAUACUGUAUAACAUUGUAAAUAACAUAAUGUCCUUUAUUAUUUAUAUUUAAGCAUCUAACAUAGAGAAUUGUUUUCAUAUAAGUUUAAGAUAAAUGUUUAAAAUAUAUGUUUUUUCUUUGCUUUAAAAUUAUGUACCUUUUCUUUUUUCAUUUUUUAAAGAAUAAUUUAUUGUUCAGGAGAAAGAAUAUAUAUGUAAUUGAAACUAUUUGAAGAAUGCACAUUUGAAGGCCAUGAGGUACUGAUAAACUAAAGAAUUUAUUAUCUCAAAUACUAAGCAAUAAGUAAUUGUGAUUUAUUUAAAGUUUUGUUCAUUUCCCAAGAAAGUCAUACUGCAAUAAAAAUGCUACUCUAUGGAGACAUGAGCGUGUUGCUCAGCAGACUAACGUUGCAGUCUGCUGGAGCAGUACUUUUCAUCUACCCAUGACAGCUGUACUGUCUAGGACUGUGCUUCAUGGACCUAGUGAUCAUCUUGUCUCUGUUGAUUUUGAUGCAUUGCCCAUCUCUGAGUCACCUCCCUCCUGACUCUGUUUAACACUUCAUUCCUUGCUUUAGGAGACAUAUAAUCAAGCAAUAGAAUGCUCCAUUCCACAGCCACCAAACCUCCAUUCACAAAGGCAUCAGAGGGAAAUACUGCGUAACUUUCUGGAUCCUGCUUGCUGAUAUGUUCUGCAAUGACAUCAAGAAACUUUUUCUGAUUAGUGGCAAUGACUUAUGUGCCAAUCCUAUGCAAACAUAAGAGAGAGCAAAAGCUAUCAUGGUCCAUACAUUUCAAUGGCCACAGUAGCCUCAAAGACAGCUAUGCUAAACUUCCCCUGUAAUGUCUUUAAAUUUACUCCCCAUCACGCAUACCAUUUUAUAAGAAGGCUAAGGAGCAAUGACUUUACUCUCCUCAUUCUGUCAAUAAAGCAAACUGAUGCCCAAAGUACUGCUCAGGGAGGGACCUAUGCACGAAAUAUUCCUCACAUUCUAAGACUCAUCAUAGAAUGAAUAUAGUGCUUUUUAAAUUAAGAUUAACCUUAUGAAGCCAUAUUUUAACAAAUAGAUAUUUGUGUGUGAUUUUUUUUAUAUAUUUCAACCAUUCUACUCAUUAUCUCAGAUAGAUGGAGAGCAUUUAAAAGAUAUAUAAUAAGUUAACCUGCUUUGGAGUUUGAACAUAACCUGGGAUUUCCUGUUAAAGUUUACCUCCACAUGUAGACACAAUUCCUGUUAACACAUUAUAGCACUACGAACAUCAUUCUCAAGCAGUCUAGAUGUCCAGGAAACUUAACUUUCUGAAGCCACAAAGUGAACACAUUUGUCCACUAGUCAUUCAGCUGACAAGCCAAGUAUCAUAUCAGAAGAUGAAAGAAUAUUUAAAAGUUAGAUUCUGGGACCCUUUCCUCAAUUUAUGUUGUAAAUUUGCCAACUCCAUGCUCAAACUAAAAGCUGCAAGUGACAAUAUUGAUAACUUAUGAUAGACAUGUUUAACUAAGUGGUCAUGCCAUGUCAGGCAGAAAAGUAUGUGAAGAAAGGUAGUGUAGAAAAAUGAAAACUCAAUUCUAGUCAAAGUAGAGUCUAAAUAAUUACUAUUGUUCUCCAGUUGUGUUUGACUCUUGGGUAACAAAUCUAGGCUGGUUCUACAAACUAGGAAGACAUCUGUUUUUCCAAGCAGUCUACAGAAAUUUUUCUUCUCUCUUCCAGUGAUGAAUCAUCAAAGGGUUUAAUGUCAAGGAUUUGAGGAUAAGUCAAGCUGGGCUGAAAUCUAAAGACUUAAGAUACUGGAAGGAGUGGGAGUUUCAGUUGAUCUUAGCAUCAUGUUGUACUCUGUAUGGAUUCUCCUCUCAAAACUGAUAAAUUGAAAAAUAAUUUAUGGAAACAAUUACUCCAAAUGAUUAAUUUGGUAGCAACUGAGAGCUUCAUACUUAGGAAGGAAAAACCUUUCUAUUGGUUUAAGAAACUGCAAAUUGUACCGUAGAAGGUAAUUGUUAGAAAGGGCAGUACAUGCUCUAUACAUAUCUGUAGAACUUACUGACACCCUCAUUCUGCAACUCUUGCACCUCUCUAUUGGUGAGCUAUUGGUUUUUAACUGGUUGAACUUAAAAGCAUCACCUACCACAGGAAAUGGUUUUGUUACUAUAAAAUAUCAUGAUCAAUGUCUUUUUAUAAGAAUAAUGAGAGACAGAGAAUGUAGCGCUGAAUCAACCCAAGGAUCUUUUCCUAAAUGUCCUCUUUCAAAUGGACUUACUAGAACAGAAAUUUAUGGAGGAAAAAUUUUCUCACCAACCUAUGUUCAACAAAGCUAAAGAAUUGAAUAUCUUUAAUGUCUUAUUAUAAAUUUACUCAUACAGAAUCAAAUUAUUAAAUAGUAAUAUUUUAUACUGUUUAUUACUUAAAAUACCUUGUAUCUUUUUGCUUCAUGCUAGAAAAAAAAAAUGGUGAAAAUUUAAGCCCGGGAAAGUUAAAACUCAUUCUCAGAACAAUCUGUCUACUGAGUUGUAAAGGUAUUGUAGAUACCUAGUUUCUCUCCAUUUCUUCCCUGGCACUAGCCUAGCAAAAUGAGCAUUUUCAUUUACAGAUCUCUUAACAUAGUGUGAGUUAUAUCUAAAUCAGCUUUUAUUUUGGGAGAAUGAACCUUCCAGUCUUUGGUUUGCCGAUAUUCUGGAACCCAAUUUGCUCAAUGUAGCAACUCUAUGCUUCUUCCCUAACCUCAGCUUUUUAAGGAAAUGCAAAUAUUGCCAUGGGAGUGAAUUCACAAUUUUGAUAUAUAGGUGGCAGAUUCUAGUCAAAAGGAGGGCUUUUUUGGUCAGAACAAUGUUCUUAACACUUAAAUUUUGUGGACAUGGGCAGCUUCCUCCUCCCACCUUCCUUAACUGGAAGGCUGUAGUUCUGUGAAGUUUAAACUGGAACCCAUGUAAGGAAACUAGAAAAUGUCUAGUACAUAGGGAGUAUUCAGAUAGCUUCCUUUGUCCCUCCUACAGAUUCUUAAGUUUGGAGACUUAAGUUUCUCAGUUUUAAAUAAAGUAUACUUCAUUGCACGAGCUGACCAGAAAAACCAUUUCACCAACCCCAUGUCAGCGAGAAAAUGCCUUUUCAGCAACAAAUAUAUGAGAGGCGUUGCCACCAAGUAACAUUUAAAGUAGCAGUUUUAAAAACUAAGAUCUUUGUGCGCUUGAUGAGCAGUUUGCUUCUUGUGUAACAAAGCCAUGCCAUGUCAGUUCAUUAAUGUUUUAAUGGCUUGUGAUAAUCUCUGAGAAAAUUAAAGACACAGACUCAUUGUGUAGUUUUCAUAAUGCUACCUUCAAACUUUAUUGUAAAUUUCUAAUAGGACAAUCAAUAACUUCUCUUAAUCCUGCAGAACAUCUGAUCUCUAGACACCCAUUGGCCUUAAUUUUAUACAUAAUGUUCACAUAUAAGUGUAUUUCUUUGAAAAGGUAUAAUCCCAGUCAAGGCCUUCAGGCUGAUAAGACUAGGGAAGUCUCAGAUUAAUACCAAAAUCAUGUAUCUUUUAUGGAUGCUCAGACCCACCCCAUUAUCUAUCCAGUAACUCUUCAAGUUUUAACUUACUCUUCACUCCAUGCAUAAAAUAAGAAUCUUUUCUCAUCUAUAUGAUACAAUUGAUAAUUUAUAAACUUGAGCUCUUUUAAUUCAGUCUUUUAGUCUUUUAAAAUGUGAUCAUGCAAGAGUAUGUGACUUAGGCUCAUGAUAUUAAUCACCAUGCUUGCAAAUAAGUAUUGUUAAUAGCAAUGGAGUCUGACAUAAUUGUUUAUGUAUAAUCUUCCCUUUAAAUGAAGCAUUUUUUAUUGAGAACAAUUGUUAACUCUAGUUUAUCACAAAAAAAUGCAAAGGAAUAUUUUCUCGUUUUUAAAAAUAUAGUCUUUUAGGUAGACACUUUGUGCCUCUGAUCAUUAGCAUCAUGAAUGGAGCAGGCAUUGGUCAUCACCAACUUUCAGUUUACUAGAUCUCUGCCAGGUUCCUGGAAAUUCCCACUACUGUGGUUAUCCAGACUCCCGUGGUCCCUUAAAAUGGAGCCUAAAGUGAGCUUUUUAAUCCUUUUCUAGGAAGAAGCUUCAUUUGGGAUAUCGAUUUGUAGCUAGCAAGGUAUCCAAACCCGUAGGUCCUCAGCAAUUUCCACCAUGGAGAAUAAGGAAUAGAGUACUACAUGUGACAGCUUGUGUCUCCAUUAACCACACCCUUCUGGUUAUGAGCUGCUGUUGCAUUCACACAGGAAUCCCUGCUCAGCCUCCAGCCUCCCCACUUUACUCUUCCAAGCAUCUCCCUUCACUGAUUGCAGAAUGCAAACAUGCUAAUUAUGUUAAGGGAUCAUUGCAGAUUGUACAUGCAUACCAAAUUCCCACAGUCCCUCAUAAUGAUGUGCAAAUAUUAUGUGUCCAUUAAAAACUCUAAAAUCAUAAAAUUAUAUAACCUUCAUACCUUGAUCAAAAACCUAGAAAUGAUUGAAUUUAAAGAGAAUUCAAGGUAAUAUUUUUGAACUGAGACACCUUUCUUGGUAAACCUUUGGGAAAGUUUUGGGGGUGAUGGUGGUACAGCUUUUCCAUUACUGGGCCACAGCCUUCUCCACCACUCAUGUGGGAGCUCACUCUUUGAAGAGUUGGGUGUCCAGACAGGACUUAGGAGUAAGGUGAUCACUUUCUUCCUGUGAAGAUGUUAAAACGGAGACGCAGGGUUUUGCUCAGGUUAAAACCACAUCAAUUAUCAAAGAAGCAACUACUGUUGGGAAAUAGUCCCACAACUUAUAAAGGCAACCUGACAUCCACAGACUAAGCCACACUAGAACACUAUUCGACAUGUCUCCCUCCGCACCAACUGGGUGACAAAUGACUGUCAAAUCGUUCUAUCUCCUCCUCCAUAACCUUGCUUCGUCCUUCGUUUCUUGCUGUCAUUCUCUGCCUCAGGGCCACCAGCAUCCUGACUGAACUGCUUCAUCUGCUCCUGUGGGCCAUCCUUCACAUUCUGGUGUCCUAACUCUCACUUCUUAGCAGGCUAGACUGCUGGUUAAACCAUGGCUCCCCAUGGACUAAACUCCUCAGCCUGACCUAAGAGACCCUUCACAGUCUCAUUCUAUGAGAUGGCUCUAGCUUGUCUCCUACCAUCAUUGUUCAUUCCAAUCUUGUGAUUUUCUGUUCCUGAAGUACACCACAUUGAUGUUAUCGAAUCCCAGUCAUUGGCAUACCAACUUCAUAUUAUUGCCAUGUACCUCUUGUAUUAUUAUUUGCAUAUUGUUUUUGAUUGACUGCAUUUUAACUAAAAUAAAGUCAUUUCAAAUAAAACUUUGUGUGGGU